UGGGGGUGGGUGAGAGCGCGAGGUCUCAGUGUGGUUGGUGGAGUGGUCGGGGUAACGCGGCUCGUGCACGUGGCCGCCAUAAACUAAUCUUAUAAACUACUUUCUGGCAGUUGGCAUCAUUGAUCGGUGCAGAGAGGACAAUGACCAGGGAAUAAUUGAACAGUCGCCCCUGGAUCCCCUACCGCCAUAAUGACAGAAAACGGAGGAUAUCCUGUUCCCUCGACCACAGAAAAUGGAGAGGGGGCUGCCGACGAGGAUUACAGAGCACUUUAUCUCCAGGAAGUGGAGAAGAGGAAGACCCUUAUGAAGCUCGCCCAGAAAGGUCAGUUUCCGACGCGGGACUACGACGAGCUGAAGCGGCGCUUCAUGGAGGCGACGCAGACGACGGAGGCCCUCCAGGUCCGCCUCGACGAACAGGACCACGACCUCCACAACCUCCGCAGCGACUCUGACCUCACAGUCGUCUCAACAGUGUCUGAAGCUGUCUACCACGAGUAUGAUGACCUCAGACAACGCUAUCAAGUAGAGACAGAGUCCAUGGCUCAGGCCUUUAACCGCGCCACGGAGUGGUACCGUGAAAAUAAAAAUCUGCGUCGUGAAGCCAACACAUACAAGCGUCAAAGUGCUCUCCUGAUGCAGCGAGUUGCUGAAACCUCGCCAGAUUUUGACCUCUCCAUGCUAGCCAACAUGGGUGCUGAUGUUGACAAACAGGGCUUACAGGAGAUGCAACAACAGCAUGAGCAAGAGGUUUCAUCACUAAUGGACAAAAUUAAAGCCUUGGAAAUGGAUGUGGCGAGUCUUACAGCUGAAGCAAACAAGGCAAAACAAGAGGAGUUCGAAGCCCAAGAAGAAUUAUUAGACACUCGGAGACAGCUAGACGAGGCCACUCAGCAGACAGAACAGCUUCAGAAAAGAAUAUCGGAACUGGAAGCAGUUGAGCGACGUAUGGGUCGUGUGUCGGUUUUAGUUCUAGACGAAGUAGAAGCCCUCCAAGCCCAGCUGCGUUCAGAGGCUGCUCGAGCAAACACAGCUGCUACAGAUGCAGCCAAGGCCCGUAGUGAGCGUGCUGCUCUGGCUCGUCAGAGUGCCGUUGCGUUGGCAGACGUGAUGGGGGAUGAGAGGCUAUGCAUGGCAAUGGAGGAAGUGCAGAGUCUUACCCAGAAGCUUCACACACAAGAAGAAGAAUACAAACAAUCAUUGCAGAAGCUCAAGGCCGAAGUACUUGCAUAUGAAUCUGGUGAAAAAGCGGCCGAGGUUGAACUUCUAAAAGAACGCGUUUUAUUGUUGGAGGAGGAAGUGAGAGAACAAGAACACAAAGGUGAUGAAGCAAAGAUUGAAUUGAAAAAACUUCGAAAAGAAGCCGAGGAGCAACGACGUCAAAUAAGAUUGCUCCAACAAAGUUCAAGUAGCAACAGUAUCAACAAUCUUUACCACAGCAAAACAUCACCUGAUGUGUUGGAACCAUUGUCACUCAGCAGGCCUAGCACCGUGCUAGAGUCUCAACCAGGGAUUCCUGCUCCUCCUCCACCUCCUCCGCCACCCCCUCCUCCACCUCCUCCGAUGUCUGUUCCUCCACCACCUCCACCACCCCCUCCCCCACCUCCUACAGGUCCCCUUCCACCACCACCGCCGCCGCCACCACCACCACCAGCCAACCCAGUAACUACAUUAGCUACCUUAAUAGGCGCUUCCAAACAAAACAGAAAAGAUAAGGAAGCAAAUGGUUCAGAUAAUGGAGGCAAAGGGGGUGGAAUGGAUGAUCUCAUCAAUCAAAUUAAGCAAGGAGGAGUCAAGUUGAAGUCGACCAAACCAUAUGGAAUUGGAUAUAUCAGCAAGAAGACAGAUCCCGAGUUGAAAGAAAAGCCCGCUGAUGCUGUCCAGGAGAUGAAGAGCAUUCUUGCAACCAUGAAACGUGGACGCCAUGGAAGAUUAAAGCCCUCAGCAAUUUCUCAAGAGUCAAAAUCCCGCACUAUAAAGACUAAAAAGAAGGAAAAGAAAGAAUUUACAUCUGAAGACAAACAAAAGUCUACAAGUGACAACAGUGCAGCAGAUGAGAGUUGUUCCGCUACACAAACAAAGGAAAAUUCUCCCGAAGCAGAAACAUGUUCUCUGGAAAUAUCUGCAACUUACAAAGAGAAGAAAAACUUGACUGGAGAGACAAAAACUUCAGAAGAUAUUUCAACAGCCAAAGACACCUGUGAAAUGGAAGACAACAAUACAAUUAAAAACAGAGAUCACACUACAAAGGACACAUCUGAGGACACUCCAACAUCAGCCAGUGCAUCUUAUACUCUAAAGCUAAAUACCAGCUAUGUAGAUGCAGACGAGUGUUCUAGUCGUGAAGCUACCCCACCUGCUGCUGGCAGUACAGAAAAACCCAAGGAACAGGUAAAUGGUCGCCCAUCUCCAGUCCGAGCCAUUUCAUCAACUACCAUAUUUUUGAGGAAUAGUCGAAGUCCUUCACAAGAUUGAUCAUUAUAAUUUUUAACAGGAGUAAAUUGAAAAAUGUUAAAAAAAAAAAAUGCUUAAGGAUAAUAAAUAUAUAUGAGGCUAAUCACAACUCCAUUACAUCUAACAAGAAACAGGUAACCAACCUGAUGCUUCACAUUGUUCCCGACAGUUACAGUACUCACGUCUGCAUUUAACAUGCUUCAUAAAUGGUUUCUUGUAUUCGGCUUUUGUCAAAGCAGUUGAUGAUAUACAGUAAUGCUUUUGUACUCGAGAUUGUUACAGAUAUACACUGUAUAGAUUCAAAAGAUAAUAGAUGCAAUACUGUACGUGUCAUAUCAAAAUAUAUUUUCAUAUUACACAUAAUAGGCCACUUAAAAUUGUGUUAAUAUCCUUGAUAGAAGGAUUAGGUAUUGUGACUUCUGAACAAAAAGGUGCAGUACAAUCACCUCGUUUCAUUUUGUUAUAGCUGAUGUUAACAAGUAUUCCCCAUUUAAGUUCAAUAGGGGGAUACAAUCCCCCCCAUUGGAUUGCAGCCAGUGUUUGCUGCAUCCAAUCAACUUUUUAAGUAGAGUUCUCACUGCUACUCUCUCAAACAUAUAGGGUAAAUUUAUCCCAUUUGUAACCUUUAACUGGUGAGAAUGUGGACAAGAGAAAUGCCCUCUUGGCACACACUUGUGGACAACAGACAUCUCUUAGUACAACAUCACAAUUUACAGCCGAAUCUACCUGAGAUCUCAUUUUAUUUUAUAUUCAUUUUUGGUUAUGGUCUUUGAAAUAAUGUACAGCUGUAAUUAAAACCACAAUGCCCUUUCAUAUUGUAUCCAGAAUUUUGUAGAGAUAAAAUGGUAUGCAAUAGGUAAAGAUAAACUGCUCAACAGGGUCUAAAUAGUGAAGCCAUAUUUUCACUAUACAGAUCCUUAAAAAAAAUAUCAAACUUCAUUGUUACAGUACCUUUUGACCCUCAUGCUGUGGCUAUGUAUUUUUUGGCUGCUCUGUGGCAAAGUUUUUUCUAUAAAUGGAAGAAAUGCUUGCAAAAUAAAAAUACACAGUACUGUACAUACAUGCAUGAAUAAAAUGUCGACUUUCCAUAGUUUGGCUGUGAUGAAACGGUGAUUGAAGGAACAUUUUUAGAUAUUACUAAAUGUGUAUAAUAACCUACAUAAAUAAUUGAAACAAUGCAUAGGCACACCAAUCCCUAUGUUAUGUAACCUAGCUUUUUCGUUUUCCUUCGUUCAAUACUCUGCCCCGUACACUCCUAAGUUACACCAAUAACACUACAUUCCUGUGAUUCACCGGCUUGGUUUUCAUCAAAGUGAGGGCUUUGUAGCACAUUUUCUCUACUAAUAUGCUGCACAAAGCGAGACCAUUGCACUAUCAUCCAGCCCAACGACUUGGGCUGGACAAUAGAGCAAUGGUCUCGCUUUGUGCGGGUCAGCGUUCAAUUCCCAAGUGUCCAAAUGGUUGGCACCAUUCAUUACUCUUAUCCCAUCCCAAAUCCUGAACCUGAUCCCUUUCAAGUACCAUAUAGUUGUAAUAGCUUGUCACUUUCUCCUAAUAAUUGCCACUCCCCCUAAUAAAAUCACCUAUCAGGCAUUGAACCCCCAACACAGCCUCCACACAAUCAUCAUAUGAACCACAUCUCGUCACAUUUUGUAGUAUGUAGCACAAAAUUUGCUCCACUUGAUAACCUGUAACAGUAGGCUCAACCAAUUUGUUCUGGUUUCAAUUUUCAGGUUGGUAAGGGAUGCAAUUUCCAUACAUUGCUGCUUCUCUUCUCCCUUCAGUAACUAUGUGCCUGAAAGUUAAACUGUUGUGAUUCAUAUCCUGGGAGAAUGGUCAAUUUGUGACUAGAAACCUCACCAAGCCUAGUAGAAUUUGUUUCCCCCCAACAGUGGCUAAUUGUUUCCACCAAUCCACACUUGUUGCAAGCAUUGACAUUUUCAUUUGAAUCUGUAUCAUAUAGCACUACGUUUUCUGCACUUGGCAACUAAAAGAAUGACUGUUGGUGGUGCAUCUUCAUGCAUGCCAUUUAUAACUCCUUCCCUCUGCUUGGUAUUAGUUCCUUAUUUCAUCAUCUGAUGAGCAAUAUUUAAGUUCAAUAUUUGUGAUGCUGUAUGUUCAUUAUCACAAAGAUCUUCCAGGUCUUGCAAAGUCUUGGUAAUAUUGUACUGCAUUCACGGUCAUUUGUGUGGUAGCUUUGUGAACACUUAGAGCUGGAAGGGCGAGACAUCGUUAUAUAAUGUCUAGAAAGAAUGCUAGUGAUCUGGACUUGCCACCAACCACGAAGCCUGGUUGGAUACCAGGCUACAGGAACAUUGAGCCUCGGAACCAACAAAAGGUAAUCGAAAAGUAUGUGGGCAAUAGCAUGAGGGUUAAUCCAUGUUGUUAAUAUAUAUAUUAAUCAUAACAUACUGAAGCCAUUCAAUGGGUGAACCCAUAUCCCUGAACUCCUUGGGUACACACACUCAGGAACGUAGAUUUGAUCCUAUUGCACGGCUUCAGUAUGUGAUUUUCUCAUAUCACAUUUUUGCAAUUUCACUGUGCAUCUUAAUCAUAGGUUUUAUCAGAAACUUUUGAGUUCUGAAAGUCAUGUGUAUUUUAGAGGUUCUCUGUGUAAAUACUAUAGAUUGUGCCGUGUAUAUCUGCAUCUCUUCCACUAUAUUAACUUACACCUUCUGUGAAGGCAACAUACAUUGUGGUUUAUCCAAAUAUCAUUUAUACGAUAACUGGGUUAGAACCCAUUGUUUUUAAACAAAAUUAAUGUAAUAGCAUGCAACUCAAAUAUCUUGAAUUCCUAAACCUUACAAUCUGAUACUGCGUUAUCAAACCCAUUUGAUAUGUAUUCAGGCUGGUCGAGUGGUAUUCUAAUCAUUUAAAAUGUCACCUGUACAAGUUCCUGUAUAAUAAACUUGAUACCAG